AUGAAGCAGCCCAACAACCGCAAGAGCAUGAGAUGCCCACCUGUGAGGCUUACUACUGUCAUGUGGUCAGUAGAGAUUAUCCUGGGCCUGCUGCUGGUGAUGACAGUGGCUUUUGCGGAUACCAGUAAUUCGACUACUAGUACCGGUAGUUCCGCAAGUGGCAACGGCAUGGCUGUGGAAGGCAUGGGCUGUCGCUACCUUCUAUUGGCUCCAUUUUCCACAGAGAAAGGAGACAAGACUCUUGCGAAUUACACAGAAUUGGGAGCUCAUUAUGCAGCAUCAGCUCAAUUGGCCAUUGACUACCUCAAUCAGGAGUACCAGGGGUGCACCAUUUCUUCUACAACUGACAGCAGCGGUGCUGCCCAUAGUGGUACAAGUACAAGUACUGCUCUGAAGCUGGUAGAAUUUGGAGACUUGCUGAUUCGCGACACGCAGCAAGAAGACACGAUUGGAUUUCAAGAAUUGGUUGGAGCAGUAGAAUCGUACGGCUACCGCAAUGACAAUGGCAAUGACAAUAGUCAAAUCUGUGGAGUGGUGGGACCCUUUGAUGGCAAAGGCCAAGAAAAGGCCAUUACUUAUACAGAAGUUCAUGGACUCCCUACCAUGUCACUGACUGGCAUGGACAUUGAUGAUUUGGCUGGAAAAGAUGGAAAAACGUCUAUUGGAAACAUGAUGGAUAUCAAGGAAUACUGCGACCAUCUUGCUUUCUACCUGAAACACCAUAUGGAAUUGACUCAUCUUGUACUCAUUUCAAACAACUCAAAAAAGGGAAGAAAGAUGCAAGACGAUAUCAUUGACGCCAUGAACAAACAGGGAAUUGAAAUCAGAGUACUCCGAUUUGAAGAAGAGCAACAUAAAGAUUGGGAGAAAACAAGGCUAGACCUGCAACAGGUCAAAGACACGGGCAUUCGCAAUGUUCUUAUAUUGGCUGACGAAAGAGUGCCUUUGGGGCUGUCAUGGAUUGCACAGCAUCUACAAACACUGGACAUGUUACAGGGAGACUAUCAGUACUUUCUAUUUGAAGACAACAUUCGACCAAGAGAAAUUGACUUUCUAUUUGGAGAGGACCUUCAGGAACAAGAGUCUCCAUUGGCAAAGCUUCUGCAUGGAGCUGGAUGGUUCAACACCAUUGACCCAUUUGAUCUUACCAUUCACACAAACAGCAAUCAACUUCAAACAUCAGAUCCAUUCCUACAACGGUUCCAGACAUUUAAUGCCACACGAAUCGAGUACCCAAAGACGGCAAUCCCGCUCGAACAAGACCAUUUCCACACGGCAAUACCCUUUCGAUUGUCGUCCUAUGUAUACGACUCCAUCCUCGCCAUGGGAAUAGGAAAGUGCAAUGCCAUGAAAGAAGAAAUGCAAAAAGGCAACAAACCGAAAGAAGAUGACAAAGACCGCAGUCGAAGAGUUCUCCAAGACAACAAUAACUCGCCACCACCCAGACCAGAAGACGGAGAUGGUAAUGGACCGCCACCCAGACCGGAAGACGGGGAAGGUAGCGGUAAUAAACCUCCACCCAGACCCGAAGACGCAGAAAAUGGUGGUGGUGGUGGUGGUGGUGGUGGUGGUGGUGAGCCCAAGCCGCCCAAGAAAGAUGACCCCAAACCACCCCCACCCAAAAAUGAUGUCAUUCGAAACAUUGUACAACUACCACCCUUCCUGGGAGCAUCUGGGGUUGUUUCGUUUGACUACAACAAGGACGAACGAUUUCGGACUGUAGAGACCAUGCAAAUGGCCAUGUUCAACUUUCGAGUUGUUGUCAAAGACAAUCAAGUCGUCACGGUAGAAACUCCCAUUGUGGCACAUCUCAACACGUCGACCCAACAAUGGAUAACACUUGAACCGUUCAUAUUUGGAAGCGCUUCGUCCAACACUCUUCCCAAUCGACAAUUUGUCGUCUCGGACGAAAACUACCUUUCCAACUGGGUGUUUGGGAUUGGACUCUUUCUAUUUAUUUUCGGAGCCAUCUUUGCCGUGGCCUCCUUCGCCGCCGUAACCUACUAUCAACAAGAUGGUGUGGUGCGUAUGGCGCAACCGUUCUUCCUCAAGCUCAUCUGUUUGGGAUCCUUCAUUGAAGUAUGUGCCAUUCUACCGCUCUCCUUGGAUGAAAGUCGGGGACUUGGUGAUGGACAACUUGAUGCGGCAUGCAUGUCGGUUCCGUGGCUUUUCUUCAUUGGCCACUCCAUUAUCUAUAGCGCCAUUUUCUGCAAGCUCUGGCGCGUGGAUCAAGUCAUGAGCGCCCAACGAAGAACCCGCACAGAGUUCCAGGUGCUUUGGCCACUGGGGGUGAUUCUUUUUGUCAUCGUGACCAUCUUGAUCGUGUGGACCGCCGUGUCACCAUGGAUGUGGGAACGCGAUUUUGUCAGUCUGUCUCCUCCCGAAACCUAUGGCAAAUGCUAUUCCGACGAUUUUGGCGCCUUUUUUGCCUCUCUUGCUGCCGUUCUCAUGGGCUGCACACUGAUCACUGGAUUCUUUGUAUGGAAGACCAAGGAUAUCUCGCAAGACCUUUCGGACACAUCCACUAUCUUCUACCUCAUUGUCACUCAGCUGCAGGCAUGGUUUGUCGGUAUUCCCAUCCUUGCCGUCAUUGGAGAUUCGUCGGUCGACUCGGUGUACUUUGGACGAAUCCUUCUGAUUUGGGUCUUCGCCAUGGCACCACUUCUCAUUGUGUUGCUCCCCAGAAUCAGUAAUGCCAACUACGUUCGUCGCCACCCCGAGCUACUGAGAAAGAAGAGAGGAAACGUUCAUGUUUCAGGAUUGGACCCUACAUCACGAGCAGGGAAGCGGGGAUCUGUGGCAUCAUCAACGAAUAGCAGUGCCCCACUUCGCGCGUCCCUGCUGGUGUCACCGGCUAUAAUGGUGCAACCACAGGAGGAAGGACGUGUUAGCGUCACAUCAAGUACUGGGUUUAACGUCUCGGAUUGCCACGAAAGCACCGGCGAAUUUGGGUCAGACAGCAGGGACGAUGAUCUGAAACGCAACCGCAACGACAACACUGGCGGCUUGCCGCUGGAACACAUUUCGGAACACCCUACACUCGAAGAGGCGGCCUUGUUUGCAUCGGAGCGAAGAAUACAGACGGAGGCAGCCGCCAUGGCAUCUAAUGACGACAAGGCAAAGGAGAAAGAGGGCGCACUCGGGAGCGUCGACGAGUUGCCUGAAAUGGUGGCAUCUGAUGACGACGAGGCAAAGGAGAAAGAGCAUGACGAACAGAAGACGGACUUGAAUGGCGACUCGGAUGAAUUCCAUUCUGGUUGA